UUUAUAAUAGAAAAUGUAACAAUGUGUGUUUUGCCAUUAAAUUAAUUAAAAGGAUACUUGGAUUAUGCCAUUUGUUAUGGAUAUAUGUACUCGCUGUCCGGGAAUAAUGCACAUAUGCAUGUACUAAUUAAAAUAAAGGUCAAAUGAUUUGUUAAUAAACGAAAAUAAUAUACAAUUGUCGUACGUAAAGGCACAUGUUCAUUUUCAUGCAUGCGAAGAUAUAUAGAAGAGUGCAUGCGUAUAAUUGUUUAAAUGGAUCAGCAUUUGCAUUUAAAUCAGCAGCGUUGUAACGAUUUGUAUUCAAAAAGUACGUGCAAUAUACAUUCAGAAGAACGAAUUGAUAUCGACCGAUCCGAAAGAGAUGCAACGCACCCAUUAUUGCGUACUGAUCAGCAUUUAAUAAACUUUACGCAGUGUCUUGGAUGUAACGGACAAAUUCAAAACAAUUCGUUUAGCGACAUUUGUGCGCAUUAUUCACUUUAUCGGCAUCCACAGAGUAAUGCAAAGUGCUUAUAUUGCAGCGGAAGCGUUUAUUACUAUUUACAACCGGGAAAACUGAAUCCAGAAGUUUUUCAUUACUGUUCGCCACGAAAACAAUCCAAAGAAGAAAAUACAUCUGCAGCGUAAGAAAUUGUAAACAUGGCAAAUACUGGCACCGAUUUUGCUGAAGAGAAUUCCGACAUGGAAUUUGACAAAAUGUCUGAAGAAUCUGAAGCGUCUGAAUAUUCUGAUCAUGAUAGCGAAGAUGGCGGCACCCUCGAUGAUGAAGCAGGUAGUUCAGUCAACUAUCAAUCCCAGGCGACCACCAAAGGUUCUACAAACAAAAACGGCACUAUUGGUUCACAAAGUUCAUUAAACAAAUUACAAUUGGGCAAACUAGGUGGAGAAAGCGGCCAAGCGGUUCCACUACACAAUCAGAAUUACGGCAAAACGGUAACCGGGCAUCCGAACUAUGGUUUUGGAAAGCGCUGGUCAAAAUCAGAGGACGUUUUACUAAAGGCGCUAGUUGAGAAACAUGGUGAACGCUGGGAUAUUAUUGGGCCAAACUUCAAGGAGCGACUCGAGCAGCAAGUACAACAGCGUUGGGCAAAAGUAUUGAACCCUGAGCUUAUUAAGGGGCCUUGGACACGCGACGAAGAUGACAAAGUUAUUGAAUUGGUCAAAAAUUUUGGCCCAAAGAAGUGGACAUUGAUUGCUCGGUAUUUAAAUGGACGAAUUGGGAAACAGUGCCGUGAACGUUGGCAUAAUCACCUUAACCCAGUGAUUAAAAAAACGGCUUGGACCGAGGAAGAGGACAAAAUAAUUUAUAAUGCUCACAUUAUGCUUGGAAACCAAUGGGCUAAAAUAGCAAAACUACUGCCUGGACGCACAGACAAUUCAAUCAAAAACCACUGGAAUUCAACAAUGCGCCGUAAAUACGAUGUUGAACGUAGAUCAGUUGGUACGGUAGCUGGUGGUGAUUUGAAGAGCUCACGCACUCGUCUGAUCGAAUUAAUCAAAACCGGUGGUAGCGGCAAGUUGCCACAAAUUGCUAAUUGCAAAUUGGCACCAUUAAAUGGAAAUGUUAUCAAUUCAAAUAAACCAGAAAAGAUGGAAACACAAGAAUCGAAUUGUAAGGAAUCGUCUGGCAGCCAGAUGAUCGCUAACAAAAUUACAAAAGAAUUGAGCAGCGAAACAUACAAAACAGCGACUCGCUUCGCAGAUUUUGAUGCACAAAGUGGGAGUGGGUCGGCGAAAUGUAUAUCAAUGCCAGGACAACCUCUUUCGCAAUAUCCUGAACUUAAGCUUAGUAGGUCGACGCCUAACAUACUUAAGCGAUCCCGCACACACAUUCCUGAUGUAUCGAAUAGUCUUAAUAGCAGUACGGAUGUAUCGAAAUGCGAAACAAGUACAAAGCUGCCAGAAUCCCCAGUUAUUACACCAAUUAAAGCGCUACCCUUCUCGCCAAGUCAAUUCUUAAAAUCGCCAUGCUUCACAACAUUUGAAGAUAUGAAUUUACGGGCAAGCACGCCAGUCGUCAAAGUUUAUAACCGCGUCGGAAUGAUAGUUAAAAAGGAAUCGGAAACGUCAUCAAUUGAAACGCCACACAAGAGUUUAGUUGUACCACGUACUCCAACUCCAUUUAAAAAUGCCCUCGAAGAAGUUGGUAGAAAGCGAGGCGGUCGGUCUUUCAUAUCGUCGAGUCCUACGAGUAUGGCUGAGGAUAUAGCUCAAAUCAUCAACGAGGAGCAGAAGAAUGAACUCGAGGCCAAUUUCAGCAAAGGUGGUGGUGACAAUGAUCGCGAUGACCUGUCAGACGCGGAGUAUUCAAAUACUCUUGCAAACAUAAGUUUGCAUUCGCCUGCACCAAAGCGGGCCAAGAAAUCAUUGCUUCCCAGUUGGAACGUAAACAUUUUGCAAUCUGGAAAAAAAAUGCAACCGUUUGAAACAGAGACACCAAGCAAAUUUCUGAAUUCAGGACAAUCGCUAACACCUUUCUCCCCAAGCAACAUAAUGAAGGAUACAUUAUGCAGUGAAGAGGAUUUGCUGUUCGACGAGGGCAAAAAAGAAAAUAGGCCGUACGGUCAAAAGAUUCGUGGUAUAUCCAGCCAUAAUCUGUUGGACCCAAAGUGGGCUCAAGUUGCUUGCGGCAAAACCAAAGAUCAAAUUUUUAUGGAGGAGGCGGCACAUGCAUGUCUUCAGAAUUUCGACUUGAUGCCGCGGUCCCUAAAUUUUGAGAAACAAAAUUAAUUUUCACUUAACCGUUUGAAAAACAAUAAAAAUUGUAUAAAAAAUAUAUUUUGGAAAUAUGUAUUUGUUGAAAAUAUGUAAAAGAUCAAUACAAUAUUCCGAUUACUAAUGUUAAUAACAGUCUAACCGCCAAACCUAGUGGAUCACUUUGCCGCUUUAAAACCCAACAGGUUAUGGGCCCAGACAUAAAGAAAAAGUUGAAUGAAAGUAUGUAUGUUGAAAAUAUGUAAAAGAUCAAUACAACAUUCCGAUUACUAAUGGUAAUAACAGAAAAUAUCGAUACUGCGCUCGAUACCCCAACUUAAGUAUACAUUGAAUAAAAGCUCUUCUUAGUCUAACCGCUAAACCUAGUGCAUCGCUUUACCGCUUUAAAACCCACCAGUAUUAGCAGCACUAAUAUGUAAAGUAUGCUUAAGAAUUGUAUGAACCAUGCAAAAUAUUAUGUAGAAGCGGUCAAAAUAAUAGAAGUGUUGCUUCAUAAAAUGCUAAUUCUCAAUAUUGUCAGGGCCUCUUUCAGAUUUUCUUCGAUUUCAUGGAUCUUUUACCCAUCGAUUCUUUGUUCUUUUUUUUUUUUGUUUACCUAUUUGUUUUACUUAUGUUAUGUUUUUGUCUGUUGUCUUGACCUAGUUUAUUAAGAGUUUGUUGAGUAAAAUAAUGCAAUAUUAUCUCAUCUGCUUAACACAAUUCCAAAAGAAAAAAAAAACUGCACAUGUGAAAAGCUAAAACUCUUUAAAAAUAUUUAAUCUCAAGAAAAGUGUUCUACUUUGUAAAACAACGAAUGGAGGGUUUUUUAAUCGAAUCUUCCCCGGAAAAUCGUGGUAAACGGCGGUUAUUUUUAAUGAACGUAUUCCACUACUACUACUAUCCUUUUUUAAUUUUGUUAAUUUAUGUCAAUCGCGUCUUUCGAUGUUUACAUAUUGUCAUUAUUAAUUGCUUGUGUUUUAAUAUUCAUAAUUAUACCAUUGUAACAUAUUAUGUAUUUAAAUGUGGCAUAUUCAGCUGGAAGUCUGUCGUAAAACAGAAAACAAAAAUAUCAAAUGUGUGUAAAACGUACAACCACAUAAUAUUGUGAAUUGGGGACAAAAAUGUGGAUUUCGGCAUGUAUAAUCCGGUCUACUACAGUAUGCAAUCUGCGGCGUGCCUAAAAAAAUUGUUCUUUCCUGUAUUUGAAUUAUGUUUGAGCUAUUUGUUUUUAACGACUGAUCAGAUAAAUAUCGCAUGCUGUUAAAAUCGGAUCUUUAGAUUUCGGCUAAAUCUAUUAUAUAUAGAAAAGAGCUGAAAUGGCUAAAUGAAUUGGAUUCUCAAGAAACAUUAUUUGCAAUCUACUUGCAUCAUCAAUCUACAAGCUAUGAUUAAAACGAAAAGAUUCUCAGAAAAUUACAUAUGCAAUUUUACAAUUUAUAUUUACAAAAUACCUGCAGAGAUCAUAUAAUUUGUCGUAAGGUGUGUGUCGCAAUGAAGAAAAUGUUACCGACCGCAUUAAAUAUAUAUAUUCAUAUGCCGGAUAGAAUAAUUAUAUCAUUAAGCUGCUCGUGCGAAAGAUUUGCUCUUAUAUAGAAAAUAGAUAAAGAGAAAUCCGUAUUACCUAACACAAAAACACAAUAAAAUUGAUUUAUCUAUAAUGCCUGUACAACAUAGCUAUAU